CUUGCAGCACCCCCUGCCAAAGAGAAGAAGAAACAGCCAGAGGAGGGUGACCCCCUAGACCCCGCUGCAUCCCCGAAGCCCACUGGUGAGCUGAGCAGGAACCACAGCCCCAUCCAGCUAGAGGACUCCCCCGAGGCAGGCGGGGAGCGGGAGGAGGAGCAGGAGCGGGAGGAGGAGCAGGCCUUCCUGGUCAGCCUCUACAAGUUCAUGAAGGAGCGACACACACCCAUCGAGAGGGUGCCCCAUCUCGGCUUCAAGCAGAUUAACCUGUGGAAGAUCUACAAGGCAGUGGAGAAGCUGGGGGCCUAUGAGCUGGUGACCGGUCGCCGCCUCUGGAAGAAUGUGUACGACGAGCUGGGGGGCAGCCCAGGCAGCACCAGUGCAGCCACGUGCACACGCCGCCACUACGAGAGGCUGGUCCUCCCAUAUGUGCGGCACCUGAAGGGGGAGGAUGACAAGCCACUGCCCCCCUCCAAGCCCAGGAAACAAUAUAAGAUGGCCAAGGAGCCGCGGGGGGAUAACGGGACCACCGAGAGGCCAAAGAAGGCCAAGGAAGAGAGGCAGAUGGACCAGAUUGUGCCAGGAAAGACCAAAACAGAUGCCACUGAGCCAGCACAGCCUCCCAGCCAGGAGUCCCCCAGGAACAGUACAGAACAGUUGGGCCCAGCCUCUGGGCCCUCUCUGCCCUUCAUGGGUACAAGUGGCUGCCCUGAGGCCUACAAACGGCUCCUGUCCAGCUUCUACUGCAAAGGGACACAUGGCAUCAUGUCACCACUGGCCAAAAAGAAGCUCCUGGCCCAGGUGAGCAAGGCAGGGGCCUUACAGUGCCAGGAGGAGGGCUGUCGCCAUGGCGAGGGCAGCCCAGAUGGGGAGCCCCAGGCGUCCUCGGCUGUUCGCCCCCCAGAGAGUCCCCGGAGCCCAGGAGGGCCGGCUGAGAACUCCAGGCAGCGGCUGACCCCUCAGGAAGGAUUGCAGGCCCCUGGCGGCAGCCUCAGGGAGGAGGCUCAGGCGGUCCCCUGCCCAGCAGCCCCCAUCUUCACGGGCUAUUUCCACACCUGCCCCACCAAGGUGCUGAAGCCUGUCAGCCAGCACCCCCGGGACUUCUUCUCCAGUCUUAAAGAUGGAGUGCCACUGGGGCCUCCUUGCAAAGAGGGGCUGUCAGUCAAAGAGCCCCAGCUAGUGUGGGGCGGGGAUGCCAACCGCCCCUCUGCAUUCCACAAAGGCGGCUCCAGAAAAGGUGGCCUCUAUCCCAAGCCCAAAGCCUGCUGGGUGUCUCCCAUGGCCAAGGUCCCUGCCGAGAGCCCCGUGCCCCAGCCCACCUUCCCCAGCAGCCCAGGCCUCAGCCAAAAGCGCAGCCUGGAAGAAGAGGGCUUUGCUGGUGGCAAAAGACUGCGGGCAGUGUCUCCCUAUCUUAAGGAGGUGGAUGCCAAGGAGUGUGGGGCCAAACCCACUGGGGGGCCUCGCUUGGCUGUCUCCUGCCUGCUGGGCCCAGGUCUGGGGCCUGCCCCCCCAGAGGCCUACAGGGGCACCAUGCUGCGCUGCCCUCUGAACUUCGCCAGCAACCCGGACCCCUUAAAGGGCCAGGUUGCGCUCCCCUUCAGCCCCCUGGUCAUCCCGGCCCUCCCAGCCCAUUUCCUGGCCACUACAGGCCCCUCACCCAUAGCCACCAGCCUGAUGCACAUCCCUCCAUCCUUUGAUGGUACCCUCCGCCACAGACUUGGCCCAGCACCAUCUGCCUGGCAUGUACCCCCCAUCACAACCUAUACAGCACCCCACUUCUUCCACCUCAACACUGAGCUUUAGGUCAGAGCCUGUGGUGCUGUACUGCACUGCAGAGGGUCUGAUGUGGCCAGAGAUAGGGAGGCGCUUCAGGGGCUCUGGACUGGAGCCCACUACCCAGGCCCCUGGCCGGGCAGCCUGGCACAAAGAGGGAGGAAGCAGGUAAACUGGGUUU